CCUCUCCCCAUUCACCUCUACAACAUUCAUUCUCCAUUUCUAAGUGGUUUUUCUCAUUUUUAGAUUUAAUUCUAUUUCAAUUCGACAAUCUUAGAGUUUGCCUUUCUGUACCUUAUCUACGUCAAACAACUUUAUAGACCUCACCAUGUCUUCACAGCUCCGGAUUGGCUUUGUGCCUGAGCACUUCUCGACACCGCUGCACUUUGCGCAGAAAUACUUUGGCCUCAAUGCGACCUUGGUCCCGUUCCCAUCCGGCACGGGCCACAUGAUCCAAUCGCUCAAGGCCAAGGAGAUUGAUAUCGGCAUUGGUCUCACAGAAGGAUGGAUCGCAGGGCUCGGCAAAGAGGGCGAGAAGGCCGGAUAUAAGCUUGUCGGAACCUAUGUCGAGACGCCUUUAUGCUGGGCUAUUAGCACUGGUGCAAACCGCGACUUGAAAGACGUGACGCAGCUCAAGGGCGCCAACGUCGGAGUUAGCCGGAUAGGCAGUGGAUCAUACGUCAUGUCAUUCGUGCUCGCGGACCAACAAGGCUGGCUGGAACCCUCGCAGCCUGCGCCAUUUACAUUUCUCCCCUUACAAACAUUUGCUUCGCUCCGUCAGGGUGUGAAUGAGGGCACUGCGGAUUUUUUCAUGUGGGAGCACUUUACGUCGAAGCGGUACUAUGACAAUGGCGAAAUCAAGCGGAUCGGGGAGAUUUAUACGCCGUGGAGCUCUUGGAAGAUUGUCGUUGCGGAUGCAGUCGCGGGCGACGAGGCGCGAUUGGGUUCCAUGUUUGAGGCGAUCAAUAAGGGAGUCAAGUAUUUCCAGGAACACCUGGACGAGGCGGUGCAAUAUAUCAGCACAAACUUGGAUUACUCAGAGGAAGAUGCGCGCGAGUGGCUCAAGACUGUGCGGUUUGCAGAUAAUGUGAAGGGUGUGGAUGUAGAGGUUGUGAAGCGGACAAAGGAUAUUUUGCUCAAGGCGGGCGUCAUUGAGAGCGGUGUACAAAGUCUGAGUCCUGAAGCCAUGAUUUCAGUCUCGAGAAAAUAGAUACACGACAGAUGAAAGAAUUGCAUGACACUUCUAGAAGAUCUUGAAAAAUGGGUUCGGAUACGAUAUCCUCCAGCACAAGUGAUAAUUAAGGAAUAAAGGGGGCAUGAUACUACCAUAAAUGUUGACUAGAUUGUCUAAAAUGACUGAUAUAAUUUUCGAACAAUGUAUAUAAAUACGAAAUGACAAAUGACACUCUAAG